AUGUCGCGAUUUCGUGAUGAAGGUCCAGCGUUGGACUUGAAUAGUCCGAACUUCUCGCCGGCCGAAUAUGAGCUCAGCUUGCAUCAGGUGAUGGACAGGGAAAAAGAAGUAUUCAAAGGGAUACAAGCGCUUGACUCGGAGAUGCAAACACUCGUUUAUGAAAAGUAUAAUAAGUUCAUUGUAGCAAGCGACACGAUCUGCAAGGCUACUCCUGUAGACCUGAAGAAGCUAUGCUCGCAAUUGAUCAAACUUGAGCAAGAUCCUGUGCAAGUAGCGGACUUGUUUUUGGAUGCUGCCAAAGCUGGCCAACUGUCUAUUUCUAUGUCUGAACUUGAAGCUCAGUUGACCGAAGCCGAAAAGUGCAACAAUGCAGAAGACUUCGAUGCCUCUAUAAUCCAUUCCUGCCCAACGAGGAUUCUGACUUCCUCAAUUUCAACCAUUUGUGGAACUGGCGUGUACAAGUUUCCUGAACCGAAUCAAAUCGCUUGCGAAAAGCUCAAGAUACUCGUUGAUGCCUUGAUGAAGAGAUAUUUACUCUGUGUGGAGAAAAGGGCUGCGAUUGAGGCUUGCCGUGAUCCAAAAGGCUCUUGUGAUAUCCUGGUUGAAGGGUUGGAUAGGUUCCACAGGCGCUUACAAGGUCUGAGCCAGCUUGUGCCUGGAACUGACUUUGGACGGUGA